AUGAAUAGCCCUGAAUAUUUCAUUAGCUGGGGGUCAGAGAGACACGUUCCACUACGACGAUUCGAAACCCUCCAGUCAGCACGCCGUGACCUCAUUCGGUAUUAUAGAGAGGUCUUCGAGACAGCUCAAACCUUUACACAGCAUUUCUCGAAACAGCCGCUAAAUAGUUACGAGAUGGAAAGAUCGCUAAGGAAGAAUAUGGGCUGUGGCCCUUCCUGCCUGGAUGAAGAUGCAAGUAGCACAUCUAUUUGUUGGUUGGACAUUGUUCGGCAUGGCGAGUUCCAGCAACAAAGUGAUGGAUGUUACCACUGUUACAUUCAAGGGAAGGUGUUUGUCCACGACGAGCAAUUACACAAUAGGGUCGACUUUUGCCGAAGCCAUGCGCUUCACAUUUCCAAUUCGGGGCCAAGCGACGCAGAUAUAGAAAGGGAGUCGAAGGCCACGUUGGAUAUAUUUACUGAUAUCUCCAACGAACUAAGUGACAUUUCAAAUUAUACGAAAGGUCUAGUAGACCUUCAACGAGAAGUGGGGAUACGCCACAGCGAGGUUCAACUCCUCCGACGACCUGUCAUAAUAUCGCCCAAGCCAACCAAUUCACCGCAGUACUUGACGCCACUUGAGCCCGAUACAGCUGGACCCACUGGGAGAACCCAUGCAUCAAUUCCGGCGGAGGCAGGCGCAUCUAGUGACUCAAGCGGAUCGGAAAACGGUUCCGACGACGACCGCGAUGAAGAUUCAAGUGAGGAUGAGUCAGGGGACGAAGACGCAGAGGAAGAUGGUCCAGAGGAUAAGGGACUACAUGACAAAGGGACAGAAGAUGGCAGUUCCAAGAAUGACACCAGUCAACAGAGCAACAAUAACUCUGACAAUGGAGGCAAUGCGCCACCAGAUGAUGCCAUAGUCGUUCCACCAAGCCUGUUGUUCUCGAGAACUCCAUCUUCGAUGUCUUUGAUAGCAGAAGAGGAGAAUGUCAUCUCAACAGGCCAUGCUUCUCUGCCAGGAGAAAAUGGAAAUGCUGUUUCCGUGAACAACGCGCCCUCGAACUAUUCAUCGCGCACCUCUUCGCUAACGGUGAAUGAAAAUGACACCCCAAUGGAUCAUGUAUCCCUGAAAGAAGGGCCCCAAGUUGAUACGCACCUAUCGCCCCAAAAGGGUCCCAAGCGGGGUGGGCGCAAUACGCUCAAAAGUAAGGGUCCAUCUCGCCGCGCAGCCAAACGACGGAGAUUAUCCAAUGUAUCGGAAACACAGGAGGAACUUCCGGAGACCAGUAGGAAGUCCACUUCUCAAGAGAGGUCAAUCGGUGUGGCCUGGAUGAAGGCCAAUUUACACAGAGGCUGGAGCGGAAAAGCUUUGGCAGAGGAAUAUUUCAUCGAAUUUGGCCGUACCCGACAAUACGGAACACUCAAGAGCUGGAUGGACAAAGAUAAGGCUCAAGCGGAGAGCUAUAUUGUGGUAUUGAAAGUUCCUAUUCCGUUUCUACAAGAGGCAUUAUUGAAUGACGAUUCUUCAUAG